CAAUCAGGAAGCGACAGGAGCGAGAAAAGCCUGUGUUCAAAAUGUCGGGCACUACGGCCGUCAUAGGCAGCGUUUUUGCUGGGGCCGCUCUUAUUUUCAUGGUCUUGGGAUUUGCAAGUCCUUAUUGGGUCGAGUCUUUCGAGGAAUUCAAAGGCCAGUUUGUUAAGCUCGGUCUCUGGGAGUUUUGUUUCAACGACUACACGUUUUACAAGGAUUACAAUGGCAAGAGAUACGUCGGCUGUUUCUAUGUGUUUUCCGAUGACAUGCGCCCGAUCUGGGAAUGGGUUUCACCCCCUUGGUUCAUCGGAAUGCAGGUCAUGUUCUCCGCUGCUCUCCUGUUCAUCUUCCUGAGUUGUGUGUGCCUCACAUUCUACAUCUUCAGGCUGUUUCCCAAACAGAUUGAGUGGGCAGUGUUGAUAGGCAACGGAGCUGUCAUGGGUCUCAAUGUUAUCGUUCUGCUCAUAGCUCUCAUCGUGUUUGGGGUGAAGAAGGAAGAUCGUCGCUGGAUGCCGAGGCCUGACAUGAACCUUCUCUCGUGGUCUUACGGCAUGUGCUGCAUGGCCGGCUGGUUCUGCCUGUUCUCCUGCGUAUGUCUUCUUCUGGCCGGGAAGGCCAAGAUGUCGGAGAAGGGCAACUACAACUACCCCCGGGCUGCUGUCACUUACACUUGAUUCAUAGGAGACGAGAACAUCGAAUUGACAAGUUUUUUAAAGUUUGGAGACAUUUUUAAGGGAAGCAAAAAUGGUAAUGUCAGGGUUUUUUAUGCAACAAAUGUGUGUCUUACAUGAAUGGGAUAAGUGCUUCUUGUGUUUGUAUGUUAGCUUGUGUGUGUACGAAUGUGUGUAAAUAUGUUUUUAUGUGUACUUGUAAGUUCAAUGAAAAUAUACCAUGUGUGAAAAGCCUUAUGAUGUUGAUCCUACUUUUUAGCUUUGUCACUUGUAAAAAAAAUAUGAGAUGUGACCUGCCAUAUUUUAUGUUAUCUCCACCAAAAAAAAUAAAGAUUUUCUAUGUAAUCUGUUGCGCGGUGUCAAAAAAUUAGUUCAAGGUGGAUAUUUUUCCGUAUUUGUGUAGAGUUUAGAGGAAGCAUUUAGAAAUUUUUGUGUGGAUGAAAAUCAGAAAAUUUGAUGAGUGAGUAAAUUGUUCUCUUCUGAAUAGAUAAUUAUAAUCGUUGUUUCUAGCUGUUCCUUUUAAAGAAACCUGAAUAUUGUCUGCAAUGUAUGACGGAUGGUGCACCAGACGCAAAUUAUUUAUAUUUCGAAGUAGGAGUGCUAGUUUUUCAUUGUUAAUCUCAGAAAAUGACCUUUUUAGAUAAAUCUUUUAGCAUUUGAUAUUUUUGUCUGAGAGUGGGAUGGAAAGAAAAUAAAUCUAAGCGAAGACAGCAGAAACAAAUGAGCAAUUUGCAACAGGUGCUUUACAGGCAUGUGUUCACAAAUUACAUCGCUCACACAAUUCUAGGUGUAGGGACGGGUUGUCCUCUUGAUACUCAUUGGCUGAUAACCUGUACUGCUGAUUCUCAAGUGUAUUUUUUAUUUUGUUUCAUUUCAAAUCUUUCAUUGGAGCACUGAGAUGUACAUAUCUGGUCAGAGCCACACUAUAUAUGAGAAUAUCCUUUAGGCGGAUCAUAGAUGGCCAUUAGUUUAUGAAAUACUGGUACAGUUAGAAAUAUACAGAUGUGCCUCAGACUGAACUUUUUUGUGUAGUUGAAUUUCUUCUGAAUUUUGAGCAGGCACAUCUGUCAACAUUUCAUUUCAGCAAUUUUUAUUUGUAAAAUAGUCUCAUAUGUAUAUUAUACUUCAGUACAAAUGAAUUUUCCAUAUAAUCAUGCUACAGAUCAUAAUAAGAAUUAUUAUAGAUGUAUAUAUUCAUAAUUUGUUCAAUUUUUAACAUUUCGAGUUUUCUGCAUUAAGCUCUCAAAAACAGAAUUUUCUUCACCUUCCGAGGGGAUAAAAAUAAACAUAUCAUCCCUUGUAAUCUUGAGUAAGAAAUCAGAUUUUAUUCCUUUUACUUUUAAAGUUUUAGUAAGAGUUUUAGGACAUUUGCAAAAUAAAUGGGUCAUUAUAUAUGUGCCUAAGAUAAGUCAUUUCUUGGCUCAUUUUAAAUCAUCUGAAAAAUGUAGCCUACUGUCUUAAUGAAGAAAUAAUUUUCUAUCGUUAAGAUUAAGAAGCAUUAGCCUUUGAUUUUGUAGUACAGUACCAUUAGUUUAAUCUGAUAGGCAGACCUAAGGGACUGUUUCGUUGGGGUUUUUUUUUUUCAUUUUUAAUAUUGUGUGCAUAUCUUUUAUUAAUUUGUAUCUGGUACAUAGAUUUCAUGUUUUAAUUAAAAACAGUUUGCAGAUCACAUCCAUCAUGUACAUUAUUUCAGCAUUAUCAUUGUCAAGGAAAAUACAUUUUCAGCUGUUUUCAUUUUUCCAUCUCUAAGAAAACAUUGAGUCUUGAAUUUCAACCACAGAGAAAACUUUACACAUUCCAACAGUUUUACUUGGAAAAAAAAAGACAUUCCAGAGCAUCCACAGAUCUAAAGACUUGUGCUUAGUAGGUUUUUUCCUUAAGUUUAAGAUCAUUUAGUUUGCAAAGUAAUGCUCUUUUCAGUCAGUUUUUUAUUUUUUAAUAUUUUUUUUUACUUCAACCUUCCAUUUUUAAGCAGACGUACCUACGAUCUGAUUCUUACAGUUUUCUAUGUAGAUUUCAUAGAGUAUGAAAUUUCUCUGACUGAUCGGCUCAAUGCUAUACUCUAUUGAAGGUGAAAGAAUUUUUCAGAACACUCUUGGAAAUUAUUAUAUUUUGUAAACUAAAAUGAAAAUUUAGUAUUCUUUAUUUUAAGUUUCCCCCUGGAAUAUUAAUUACAUUGGUUUGUUUUUAGUCCCAUGUCUGUUACAUAUGUAAGGUUAUUUAGUGUGUUCAAACUUGAAAUUCCUGCAAUUUUAGACAUAAAAAAAGAAUGUGUUUUACCAAAACAAAAUAUCAACUUUUCAUUUGCAUCUGUUUCCUGUUGCAAAGCACGUGUGGACUUGUCAUGUGCCCUGAUUGUUACAGUUGACCACAAGAUGUCAGAAGCCUGGCGCAGCUCUUGUAAAUAAAAUUUGUAAUUUUUUCU